UUGUGGCUGGACUGCGGGGAGAUAGCAGCGAGGCGCACUGACUCCAUAGGCACAAGUGGAUGGAAAGAGCCCAAUGCGAUGGAGAACCUGAAAACGGAGGAAGGAGAGAAGAGAUGCUCGCAUGAGACAAGAGGGAAUGAAGAGUAGGACAAGCAGUUUUAAUGAAGAGUUGAGAUUGUUAUCCAAAACAAAAACAAACAACAACAACAAAAAGAAAUGGCACGGAUUUGCUCCCAUGCGAGUGCGCGUUUGGCAAAGAUGACAUAGCACUUGAGAAAAAAUGGGAAUCCUCCAGGAACGGAACUCACUCACGACCUGAAUGAAAAGAGAAAAGGGAUCCUGUUUCAGAUCGGAAUUUAGUUUUGUUCUGUUUUCUUUUACUUGACAAGCCUCAGUUUGCGAGCGGAACGCAGAGUGAAAUAUGAAUCUGGGCAAAGCGCUCCUGUUUUUCCUCCUCUCAAACUUUGUGACAAUGACUUUGUCGCUAUCCACUUGCACCACUGUGGACAUCGACCACAUAAAGAAGAAGAGAGUAGAGGCGGUCCGGGGACAGAUCCUCAGUAAACUCCGGCUGACCAGUCCGCCUGCGACAACAGGUCCGAGUCAAGUGCCGUUUCAGGUCCUGGCGCUUUAUAACAGCACCAAGGAGCUGAUUGAGGAGCUGGGGAGAGACAGGCAGCAGAGUUGCGGACAGGAUAACACGGAGACUGAGUAUUAUGCCAAAGAGAUUUACAAGUUCAACAUGAUCAAUGGUCCGCCAGAAAACAAUGACCUCCCCUACUGCCCUAAGGGUAUCACCUCCAAGGUAUUCCGCUUCAACGUCUCCACCAUGGAGAAGAACUCCACCAACUUGUUCCGCGCCGAGUUCCGAGCCCUGCGGAUCCCCAACCCCGGCGCCAAAAGAAACGAGCAGAGGAUUGAGCUCUACCAGAUCCUCCAGAAAGACGACCCCAAAGCCAAACAGCGCUACAUUGGGGGCAAGAACGUCCUGACCAAGGGAACGGAAGAGUGGGUCUCCUUUGAUGUCACUGAGACAGUGAGGGAGUGGCUGAUGUACCGACAGACCAAUCUUGGCCUGGAGAUCAGUGUGCAUUGUCCCUGUCACACUUUCAGACCUAAUGGUGACAUCAUCGAGAAUGCCAAUGAGGUGCUGGAGGUCAAGUUCAAAGGUAUGGAAGCGGACUAUGACGAGCUGAACCGUGUGAAGUACAAAAAGGAGCAGCUCUACCCCCACCUCAUCCUCAUGAUGCUCCCGUCCCACAGGCUGGACGCCCAGUCCUCCUCCCGCAGACGCAAGCGGGCGCUCGACACCAAUUACUGCUUCAACAACUAUGAGGAGAACUGCUGUGUGCGACCACUAUAUAUUAAUUUCCGUCAGGAUCUGGGCUGGAGGUGGAUCCAUCAGCCGGAGGGGUACUACGCUAACUUCUGCUCUGGUCCCUGUCCUUACCUACGCAGCGCAGACAACACCCACAGCUCGCUGCUGAGCCUGUACAACACCCUGAACCCGGAGGCGUCCGCGUCCCCCUGCUGUGUUCCUCAGGACUUGGAGCCCCUCACCAUCCUCUACUACGUGGGUCGCUCCCCUAAAGUUGAGCAGCUCUCUAACAUGGUGGUCAAGUCCUGCAAGUGCAGCUAGGCGUCUGGGGCCUCAGGGCCCUGCGAGAGACAUGGGAUGUGACGGCUCUCAGCACUACUCAGGAGCGGGUAUGAGGGGUUAGAGGGGGGGCGUGGUACAGUUGUCCUCCACGAGUACCUCCGACCCCCUGCUUCAGCCUUCGCCGGAGCGCUCUCUCUCUCUCUCGAAAGAUGCAGUCCACCACUCUCCUCUAAAAACCAUUGGCAGCAUUUACAAAGAAGACUUGUCAAACACCACUCCACUAACGCUCUCAAACCCAUCAGACCUCUUCAAGAAUCGCCUCGUCUCUCAUGUUUUUUUUGUUUUGUUUUUUUUUUAAAUAUUCCAGCAUUUUGAAGAGCCUGUACCUCAGUGUUACAUAACGUCGGUAUUCAAAAGCCCAAUGAAAGAGAAACAGAAUUGUCUUGCAAUGACCACUGCAUUCUUAAAGACGUCAAAGUAAUUGCAGUCAAAAAGAGAAAAAAAAAACAAAACAAAACAAAAAAAAAAAACGACUGGGAACGCGGACUGAACUCAGCAUGAUAGGAAUACGCCAAAGAGAGCAACACAGGACACCUUCGAACGUCCGAGCUGGAAGCUGACGCUGUGCACGCCGCAGCUCCUGACACUGUUUGUUUAGGAUUAAAUGCUGUUGAAUAAAAAUGACCUUAGGAAAAAAUAAAUAAAUAAAUAAAGCGAACAUGCUGGAAACCAACCUUUAUUUCAAAGUAGUAUUUCCAUGGUUAUGUUUACCUCUGUAAUACAACAGGAUGGUGAUUCCAGGGAUUGUUUUGUUUUACAGUGAAGCCUUUCUGUUGUAUGAGACGAUGUAUGUCACUAAGUGAACACUUAAACUAGAUCACGAACUGUAAAUGUUUUUUUCUUAUUACUCUUGGAAACACCUUUUUUUAAUUAAAAAAAAUGGACAGUUGGA